AUGGAGUCGCAGCUUCGCUUUCUCCUCGCACACGUGCGCAUGGGCCACCAGCGGCGCUACCAGACGUGGUUUGCCACCCGGUUUCUCGCCGCCCCGGAGAGCGAGUCCCUCGUGGCGGAUUUGAUUCGUUUCGUCUGCUGCUCGGUGCAUCCGACCAAUCAGGUGCUGCAAUCCGACGUGGUGCCACGCUGGGCGAUUGUCGGUUGGCUGCUCAAAUGCUGCAGAAGCUGCCACAUGGAGGCAAAUGCCAAGCUGGCGCUCUUCUACGAUUGGCUCUUCUUCAUGCCCAAGACAGACAACAUCAUGAACAUCGAACCCGCGAUGCUGUGCAUGGUCCAUUCCCUUCCCAAAUACGCCAUUAUGACCAACUCCCUCCUGGAAUUCCUCUUCCUUCUCCUAGAUAACUACGACGCGGCGCAUAGAGACGUGAUUCUCCGCGGAAUUUCCGCCUCGAUCGACAUUUUGGUCGGCAAGGGAGUCGUGCCUAGUCUCGAGCCGCUAGCCACAAGCGGCUUCAUUCCGACGAAGCUUCGUGAGCGGCUUCAGGCGCUUUUUCCUGCGCAUUGUCGGCUCGACGCGUCUCCCCAUCGGUACUUACCUCCCUCGCCCCUGCAUGACCCGCACCAUGCGGAAAGAGCUGCGGCGGCGGGAAUACCUGGGGGAGGGGGAGGGGCAGUGGGGAGAGGGGGCCAAGCGCGGGGGAGCGGGGCUUUGGUGAAGUCCCCAAGCCCUUCCCCCCCGCAUUUGGCAGCGGAGAGGGACGGCAUGGGGAAUAUUGUUGGCAGCGGAGCGGGGAUAAGGGCGGCGGAGGAACAGCGAGGCAAGGAAGGGCAGGUGGCGGAGUUGGGGGAAGUGGGGGAAGUGGGCGCAGGCGUUAGCGGAAGCCAUCCUGUGGGUGGUUCUGCUGCUGCAGCCGUUGCCGGGAAGGGCGCGGUUGACGCAAGUGGGUCCAUCACUGGCGCGAGGGCGGCGGAAGAUGCGGAAAUGGGGGAGGCUAGCGCUGCAGGGGAAGACCAGGCUGGUGGAAAAGGCCCUGGCGGAGCGGGGAAACGUAGCAAGUCUCCGGAGGGCGCAGAGAUGGAACUAGGGGAGCGCGCCGGAGGGGAGAGCGAGGCGGCGGAGGGAGGGAGUGGUAAAAGGGAGCGGAAGAGGAAGAGGGAGGAGAAGGAGGAAGGGGAGGAGGAAGCGGAGGAGGGAGGGGAUGUGGAGGCUGGGGAGGUGGAGGGAGGGGAGGUGGUGGAGGAGGAAGGGAAAAGAGAGCAUAGCGAGGAGAGAGAGGGCAUGGACGAGGAGAUGAGGGCUAUAGAGGGAAUGGUUAAGGGUAUGGAAGAAGCUGCGGAGGCAGGGGACGGGGCGAAGGUCAUUGGCGGAUUCAAGGCGUUCCUGGUGGCUUUAAGAGGCGAGUAUCCAGUCAGUGAAGGUGGCGGGCGGAAGCCGCAGGGGGAAGCUGAGGGGAAGGCGCAAGGGAAUGAGCACGGGGAACUGGAGGGCGGGCAGGAGAUGGAAAAAGAGGGCAAAGGGGGGACGGGGGGAACUGUAGGGAGGGCGAGGGAGGGGCGACCUGUGGUGAAAGAGGAACAACGGGAUGAGGAAGACGCGCGGUUGGAUGAGGAACGAUCUGACAGGAGCGUCGACUCGGAUGUGACUACAGAAAGAGGCACUACAGAGGGGGAGACGGCGAGCGAUGCUUGCGAGGAUGGCAGGAAAGGGGAGGAAGCAACGGCGACAGCAGCAGAAGCAGCAGCCGACGGGGCAGCCUCCCUAUCUCCUAGUCGGUUGAACGAGCUGCUGCUGCCGCUACCCCAUCUUCCUGCCACCUUGGGAACCUCGGAAGGUGCUUCUAGGGACGGUGUCACUGGGAACGAUGCUUCUGGGGAUGAGGCUGCUACUGGGAAGGAUGCUUCUGGGAGUGGUGCGUCCGAGGACGGUGCAUCUGGGAACGGUGUAUCUGCUGGUGCAGCUGGUGUGAAGGCGAAGCUUGGAACGCCAUACCCGCUAGAAGGCGCCGCGUUAUCAAGCUGGACGUCAACGUUGAUGGUUCUGCACGAGUAUGUUUUGCAGAAUGAGUGGUGGCGGAGAGAAUGGAGGGAGGGUGGUGGUGGGGAGGAUGGGGAGGAGAACCAGGGGGAGCAGAGAGAAGAGGCGAAUGCGAUGGAGACUACAGGAGGGGAGGAGGGCCAGCGGAGUGGAAAAGGAAAAGAAGAUGGGGAGGCCGAGCAGGACGGUGAGGCGACUGACAAGGACAAGGGUGAAUGCGGUGGGUAUGACUUGAACUUCUUGCUGCCAGUAGAGGAGCUGCUUAUAUCGUGGCAUGACAUGGGCAAGCCGGUUACUGCCUGGUUACUGUGUGUGGGUGCAGCAGCAACGGAGAAAGAGCAACUGAGUGCGGCCGAUGCACUUGCAGCAGCAGCCAGGGCAGCUAGUGGUACAGAAGUUGCUACUAAGCCUGCGUCUUCAGUUGAUGCCCGUUCGAAAAAGGAUACUCAGGGGGCUGGGUCCCCGACUGGAGGGGAGGGCAGAGAGGAGAGUGACGAGGGUGGGGAACAAAGAGGGGGGUGUAGGGGGGUGCCAGCAGAAGUGGUUUUUGGUUUCUAUGAGCGCCUGGUUAUGCUGUGCUGGGAGCGAGGUGAGGAAGGGAGCAAUGAGGAAGAGGAUGCGAAGGAUGAGGGGAGGGAUGAGGGGAGGAAUGAAGGGAGAGAUGAGGGAAGUGGUGAGGGAAGCGGUACGGAGAAAGAUGGAGGUGGAGAUGGGGGGGAUGGGCGUAAGGGUGGAUUAGUGGGCAAGGGAAAGAAAGGAGGCAUUGGUGCAGGCAAGCAGGCUUCGUCAGCAGGUGCAGCAGGCAUCUCAGGAGGACCAGGAGCAGCAGAAGGAAGAGGAGCAGCAUCGGAGGAAAAAGCAGAGGGAGAGCAGAAGCGAGAGGAAGAGCAGAAGCGGGAGGUCAAAGUGCCACCAAGGAAAAGGUGGUCAUCUAUACAGGAAAAGGAGGAUAAGGAGGCGAGGGAAGCAAGCCAGAAGCAGAAGCGAGAGGAAGAGCAGAAGCGGGAGGAAGAGCAAAAGCGAGAGGCAGAGCAGAAGCAGGAGGAAGAGAAGAAGCGAGAGGGAGAGCAAAAGCGGGAGGAAGAGCAGAAGCGGGAGGAAGAGGAGCAGCUAGAGGAAGAGGAUGAGAUAGAUAAAGAGCUGGAACAGAAGCUGCAGAAGCUGCGGCAAGAGCAGCGAGAGCAGCGAGAGCAGCAGCGACAGCAGGAAGAUCUGUGGAUGCUGUUAAUUGGAGACAGCUGGUCCUGGGACGGGCAGGAGCAGCAAUGGUUAUGGCAGUUGGCAGCUGCUGAGGCUGCUGGUUGGAUUCACACCAAAAAAGGGCUUGCAGGAGAAGAGAGUGAGGUGUCUCUUCCAUUGCUUUUGCUACAAGCUAGUGCUGCUGCUGCUGCUGCCAGGAGCAAUCCGUCUGCUGAAGCUAACGACAGAAACGCUCCAGGCAGCAAGUUUGCUGCCUCUCCUGGCAAAUAUAGGACAUGGGAAGGGCCAAGUUGCGCGCUCUGGCAGCUACACGGCCGCGAAUUCGCCAUCCUGAGGCGUCGGCUUACCAAGACGACCGCCGCCCAGGCAACCACGUCGCCGUCCCCAGUCCCCCCUAAGAAGAAGAAGAAACCGACACCGAGCCCGGUCAAGGGUAGCAGCGGUAACAGUAAAAAUACGGGCGCCGGCGGCGGCGGCAGCAAGAGCACACCUCAAACGAAAAGCCCGUCAAAAGUAAACAGUAAGAAUUCGGCCGGCGGCGGCGGUGGCGGCAGCAGCAGCAGCAAGGGCACGUCUCAACCGAAAAGCCAGACGAAGGCCAAGAACCCGCCCGAGGUCCAGGAAGGAUCGACGAAAAAGAGCCCGAAUAAGAGCCCUAACAAGAGCCCCGUGAAAAGCCCCAACAAGAGCCCCGAUAAGAGCCCUAACAAGAGCCCGACUAAGGGUCCAAGCAAAAGCCCCGAUAAGAGCCCCGAUAAGAGCCCCAAUAAGAGCCCCAGCAACAGCCCCGAUAAGAGCCCGAGCAAGAGUCCGAGCAAGCCCAAGUCUCCACCAAAGCCGGCAGAGACAAAUGUGACUAAGAGCCCCAAGAGUCCUAAGAAGCCCAAGUCGCCUAAGAGCCCGAAGCCACCGAAGCCCCCGACUCCACCUCCUGCCCCUCCGGCAAUUGAGUGCGAGGCGCACAAGAACGAGCAACUAGUCAUCAUGGAUGGAAAUCUCUUUUUCACGAAUCAGCUGGACAAGUGCGAGUCGUCUUGUAUCGGGGACGCGAAUUGCCUGUACUACACCUUUUCGGGUCUCAGCUGUCAGCUGUUUACAGCGAACAUGACAAUCAAGCCAACCAAGACGUGCUUCUCUAGGAAGUGCCAGUGGGCCAAGUGCAGGGACCCCUCAGAUGGUGAUUACGAGUCAUAG